AUGUGCAUUCUUCGCAUUGAUGGGUUCGAUAAACUCUAUCGGCUGGAUUUGAUCGACCGCGACCUGGAGCCACAGUUUGACGCACUGGUGGAGACAUUCGAAAAGCUUGACGUGGCCCGUCGUACCAAGUUCGUUUUCCAGCUGACAAUUUGGAAGAACCACAAGUCUGAGUUGAACCUGCUCGAGUAUCACCGUGGUCUCAGCUACCGGUUCGAAAAGGUCCAUUACUGUAUUGGCUUCUGUGCGGAAAUUCCAUCGGAAGUUUGCAGAUUCACGAGCGUAUCCGGAUAG